CGGAACGACAGCAGGUAGAAGCAGGGCUGCGGGUUGGGGAUCUAUCAGUACUGGUGUCGGCACUGCGGCUAAAGGAAAACUUUAGGUUAGAAAUGGCGAACAAUUUGUGAACGGGAAUCGUAAACUCGAGCACCUCAGGUUUGCUGUAUCUGUGCACAUUUUAAGGAGUGACCAGAUAUUUCCUCUGUAACACCAAAAUAUUUAUUGUUGAUCCUUGGAGAUGAAGAAUUAUCUCAUUCCAGCUGGGAAUUUGCUUUGUGACUGACGUGACUCAGUGAAAUCCACCAGAACUGACGUGCUGAGAACACUAGGUCUUCAACUGCAUUGAUUGUACAAGGGAGUCACUACUCAGGCAUCUGACUUAAUGAAUUGCUAGAGAAUUGACAGUAGGGAGAUAUCAUUCUCGUUCUGUCAUGUGGAAGGGAUUCACUCAGUUAUCUGACCAACUGGCUCACUGUUCAGUUCACCUUGGGGAAAGGUUGUUCACCUCGGAAUGUGGGAAGGAAUCCAUUCAGUCAUCUGACCUAUUGACACACUAAUCAGUUCACACUGGGAAGAUGCCGUUUACUUGCUCAGACUGUGGGAAGGGAUUUCCACGGUCAUCUCAACUGAAGCUACAUCAGCGAGUUCACACUAAUAAGAAACCAUUCACCUGCUCAGACUGUGGGAAAGGAUUCAAAUCAUCAUAUCAGCUGAAGGUACAUGAGCGAGUUCACACUGGGGAGAGGCCGUUUACCUGCUCAGACUGUGGAAAGGGAUUCACUUUCUCAUCCAACUUAUAUAGACAUCAGCGAGUUCACACUGGGGAGAAACCAUUCACCUGCUCAGACUGUGGGAAGCGAUUCACUCGCCCAUCUCACCUGCAGACACAUCAGUUAGUUCACACUGGAGAGAAACCAUUCACCUGCUCAGACUGUGGGAAGGGAUUCACUCAGUCAUCUGAUCUUCUCAGACACCAGUCAGUUCACACUGGGGAGUGGUUGUUCACCUGCUCAAAUUGUGGGAAGGGAUUCAGUCGGUUAUCUGCACUGAAAAUACAUCAGCGAGUUCACACUAGGGAGAAGCCAUUCACCUGCUCAGACUGUGGGAAGCGAUUCACUUGGUCAUCUCAUCUGUCCAGACACCAGCGAGUUCACUCUGGAGAGAGGCCAUUCACGUGUUCCGUGUGUGGGAAAGGGUUUGCUCGGUCAUCCCACCUACAGAGACACCAGUCAAUUCACAGUGUGAAGAAACCUUUCACCUGCUCAGACUGUGGAAAGGGAUUUUAUCAGUCAUCAGACCUACUGACGCACCAGUCAGUUCACACGGGGGAGUGGUUGUUCACCUGCUCAGAUUGUGGGAAAGGAUGCAUCUCGUCAUCUCAACUGAAAGUACAUCAGCGAGUUCACACUGGGGAGAAGCCGUUCACCUGCUCAGACUGUGGGAAACGAUUCACUCAGUUAUCCAACCUACAGAUACACCAGCGAGCUCACACUGGAGAGAAACCAUUCAUCUGCUCAGAAUGUGGUAAGCGAUUCGCUCAAACAUCCCACCUGCAGGUACACUUGCGAGUUCACACUGGCGAGAGGCCGUUCUCCUGCUCUGAAUGUAGGAAGCGAUUCAGUCGGGUAUCCGAACUUAAGAGACACUACCGAGUUCACAGUGAGGACAUGUUUUAAAUAUGCCUCAUGCUGGAUAUUUAACCAUCAAAGUUGCUGAAUCCGGAGCCAAAUUCAAAAGGCAUUGUUGGUGUUGAACUCAGUAAUUAUUGCUGCUGCCUAUCACCCAGUUUGACACCCUAGCUACUGGACGUGAGAGGAGUUUCUUCUGCUGAUGUUCACCUUCAAUGGGAUUGCAAAUUAAUAUUCUGGAUCUGUGAUUAAUAAAUCAGUUCGAUUUUAAACUUUGCCUUGGGUGGUUGCUGAAUUUACAACUCACCCCAUGUGCAGUAGGGAGUGAACUCAGUCCAGCUAGACCAGGGUCCCCAACCUCUGGGCCACAGACCGAUACCGGGUCACGAAGCAUGCAGGGGGGCAGCGGUAGCAGGAACGCACCCAACAUAUCUCUAAGAAAAAAGCCAAAGUAAACAAGCUAAUUAAUUAUGUACGAUUGCGUAGAGCAAAUGAAAUUGGCAAUAGCCUCUGAUCUGGGCUGACAUUUACGUGCCAGGUGGCACCUAAUUAAUUAGCUUGUUUAUUUUGGCUUUUUUCUUGAAGAUGUGUUGGGUGUGUUCCGGCUAUCGCUGCACCCCUGCAUGCUUUGCGGCCCGGUAUCGGCCUGUGGCCUGGACGUUGGGAACCACUGAGCUUGACCCUUCCAGUGUUUCUGCUCCAUGAUAAUCCUUUUAAAUCCAUCCUGCCUAGGGAAGAAUAUCCUUGUUGGCCAGAAGGGACUACAGUCUACAAUUUAUUGGAUUUGAAUGAAUCAGGGACAGUGGAAGUAGACAAAAAGAACAACAGUUUACAAAUCAGUGGAUUCAGAUGAAUCAGGACAGAAGUAGCAGACAAUCCAUAUGUCUUUGUUUCCCCCCAUUUUGUGAACUCUGAACUGAUACUUGCUCGGGGAUAAUCUAAUCAGAGCAAUUGAAUGUGGACAUAAGGAGGUUCAAGUGAUGACCUGCUGAACCUGAGAUCAUUCUCAGACAAGUAGCUAUUUAUUACGUAAAGUGCCAGUCCUACAAAAGAAGCAAUCUGUAAUAAUGUGAAUGGGUCACCUCAUUUAAGUAGUUUGGAUCAGUCAGAGUUGAAAGGCACAAAUGCACAAAGAUGGGGUGCAGAAACCAUGGAACAACAUUGGUUGUAGCCCUGGACUAGAGCCAGUAAGAAGGUGACCAAUGUAGGUCAGGAGACCUUGAGCCAAUCGGAUGGAAAUCCAUUAGUUCAACUGAUGAGGGAAACUGUAAGAGUCUGGAUCUCCAAAUGCAGAAUGGUGAUCACUCUCCAGUGUGACGUGUCCAUAGUUUCAUUUUCUGUGAGUCCACAGUUCUGUUUAAUGUCAGCAUCACUUUAUGAUGUCGGUAUGAAAAGACAUAAGGACAGAUUGCUGGAGUCUUUCAUUUCGAAGGAAAGAGCAAGAGAGUUAAGACUGUGAAAUGCGAGCUAUCAGGUUAUUCAAACCAGGAGAUAAGUGCUUGUUUUGUUCCCUGUGCAAACAAACCCUCUACAAGCUAAGUUUCAUGGUCCCUAUGAAAUUGUGUCUGAAGUUAAUGAUGUGGACAAUAUAGUCAAAACACCAGAUAGGCAAAAGCCAACACAGCUCUGUCAUGUAAACAUGCUUAAGCUGUAUCAUGAAAAACAGACAGCAGCUGUGACUGUUGUUGUCAAUAACAAUGAAUCCGACCUCUCUGGGAAUUUACUAGCUGAUCCAUCCAAGGCCUGUUUUGAACCAAACAUUAUUUCAGCCAGAUUGACAAAUUUGACUAUUUUGGAAAGUAUUGAUGAGAAGCUGGCUCAUUUACAACCCUAGCAGCAGCAGCAAAUGAUGCAGUUGAUUAUGAAAUUUAGGGAUAUGUUCCCUGAUGUUCCAAAAAGAACAUCAGUAGCCUCACAUCAUGUAGAUGUUGCUGAUGCCAAACCUAUAAAACAGCAACCGUAUCGCAUGAAUAUUGAAAAAUGUAGAUGUGCUGAACAAGAAAUUGAGUAUAUGUUAGAAAAUGAUAUUGUAAGACAUUCUUCUUGGGAUUGGAGUUCAUCUUAUGUCAUGGUACCUAAACCAGAUGGUAGUAUCAGGUUUUGCGCUGAUUACAGAAAGGUGAAUGCUAUAAUGAAAACAGAUGCUUAUCCAAUCCCUAGAGUGGAUGAUUGUGUAGACAUGGUUGGAAAAGCUAAGUUUCUUACAAAGAUCGAUCUGUUGAAAGGAUAUUAGUGUGUUCCAUUAACGGAUAGAGGCAGAAAAAUUUCCUUCUGGGUUGUAUGAAUACAAUGUUCUGCCAUUUGGGGAAUGAAAAAUGCUCCUGGAACAUUCCAGAGAAUUAUUAAUUCUGUAAUUCAUGGGUUGGAACACACAGGCGUCUAUAUUGUAGAUUUGGUGACAGGGAAUGACACUUGGGAAGCCCAUAUCACUGCAGUGAAAAAGCUGUUUGAAAGGCUCUCGAAAGCCAACCUUAUAGUUAACUCAGCUAAGAGUGAAUUUGGCCUUGCUCCUGUAACUUGUCUUGGUUAUGUUGUAGGUCAAGGCAGGUUGGCUCCUGUUCAGGCAAUUUCUGAGGUUCCCAUUCCAACCGGUAAACGGGCUCUUAGAAGAUUUCUGGGAACGGUCAGAUAUUAUCGCAAGUUCUGCAAGAACUUUGCUGAUAUUUCCGUCCCAUUGACUAACCUCCUGAGGAAGGGUGAAAAUUUUGUUUGGACAGAGCCUUGUCAGGUGGCAUUUGAUAAAUUGAAAGCCAUCUUAUGUCACCAACCUGUGCUCAGGUCACCUGACUUUGCAAUGACAUUUUCCAUAGCUGUAGAUAACAGUGACAAAGCUGCAGGAGCAGUGUUACUACAAAUGGAUGAUUAUGAUAAUAUUGACCAUCCUGUAGCUUACUUUUCAAAGAAAUUCAAUGAACAUCAAAGAAAUUACUCCACCAUAGAGAAGGAAUUAUUAUCACUUAUUUUGGCUUUGCAGCAUUUUGAUGUAUAUGUUUGCACAGCUCAGAAACCACUUGUGGUUUAUACAGAUCAUAAUCCAUUGAUGUUCUUAAGUAAGCUGAAAAACAAAAAUUGAAGGUUGCUGAAUUGGUGUUUGAUUUUGCAGGAUUAUGAUCUGAUAACUCAUAUUAGAGGAAAGGAUAAUAUAAUUGCUGAUUGUCUUUCUAGAUGUUAAACUUGCAAUGUAUUUUAAUAAUGGAGUGGAAUUUGUUAUUUAUAUAUGCUGCUGAAAUAUUUUAUACUGUAUUAGAUUGUAGUGUGCCAAUGAUAACGGUGUAUUGUUUCACAUAUUAUAGUUUGUAGUUAAAAUUUUGCUCUUACAAACCAAAAUUUUCUCUUCUUGUGGGGUAGGUGUGACAUGGCCAUAGUUUCGUUUAUUGGGAGUCCACAGUUUCGUUUUCUGUAAGCGUCACUUUAUGACGUAUGAUGUCGGUAUACAAAGACAUGUGGACAGACUGCUGGAGUCUUUCAUUUCGAAGGAAAGGGCAAGAGAGUUAAGACUGUGGAAUGCAAGCUAUCCGGGAAUGGCUCGCUACUGAAAAGGGUAAAGUCUGAUAUUUACCCAUGCUCAAAAGGUUGGGUUAAUCAACGGCACACUGUGCAUUUUGGAGAUGUGACUGUCACUUCGUAUGAUCCAUACGUGGAUUUGUUGAAAUAGUUUGUGGCAACCACUUUUGCUAACCCUUACAUGGUUUUGGGUAUUUUAUGUUGUAACCACUGGUGCUAAGAGAUAGUCCGUGACUGUCACCUUGUGAUAUCUCUAUGUGGAUUUCGGAACGACUCGACUGGUAAGAUCUUCGGCGACUGUUACUUCAUUUACCCAGCAUGGACCCUUUUGAAGACUUUGUGAUCGCCUCUUCGUUGCAUUGUGAAUUUACAAGUUUCUCCUCUCACCUACCUUGCGGAUUACUGGAACUUUCUAAAUUGCCAUUCUCAGACUGUGCUUGAGUAAGAUUUGUUAAGAACUGUUAAUAAGCUUGACUGUUUGGGAGCUACAGAUGCAUAACACUGUUAGGUUCUGUUUAAGAUAGUAGUUUGUUUAAUUUUCUAUAUUUUUGAGUAGAUGUUUAUAAAUAUAGUGGUUUAACAUUAAAACCGGACUCAAUUUGUGAUCUAUUGCUGCUGUUACGUAACACCAGCAACCAGAGACAGCAUCACGGAUGAGGAGGACCCCACAGAUACGUGGAGAUGGGGACCGCAAGGAACAUCUGCCCAGGGUAGACUCCUUUACUGGGUAAUACCUUUUCUCUUCAUUAACUGUUCAUGGAGGGUCAGGGAAUUCUAGUGGAUAUCCACAGUUAGCUAGUUUGUGAACUCACAUGUUCUUUA